AUGGUGACUGUGUAUGUAAGCACAGAGAUCGUAGUAGUGUCUGAGGAUAGGCAAACUGCUUUCAGUGCCAAAGAGUCUGAGUACAUGUCAAUAGAAGAACUGGGGGUCCCCUUACAGAAAUAUAAAUGUAAUCCUGCAAGACAAGACAUCAGACUGGCCCACGAUCUAAGUGACAUCUUGUUGAAAGGGCCUGGGGGUCUGGAAGGAUCAGAAGCCCUGGAUGCCUUGAUGACACACAGCGGGAUUGGAGAUCUGCUUCAAGCUCAGACUUCGGCCCCAUGCGUGCGAGUUGAUACAAUAGAAGUAAAAGCGAAAAAACAAUUAACAGGAAGGAAUACAAAGGCAUCGCAAGAAAAAAAGAGAUUCCGUAAAAAUAGUGACUCUGGUUCUUCAAAGACAUUCCCAAGAAAAGUUGUUAAGGAAGGUGGACCUAAAAUCACAUCAAAGAACUUUGAGAAAAGUGCCACAAAACCUGGAAAAAAGGGUGUAAAGCAGUUCAAGAAUAAGCAGCAAGGGGACAAAGCACCUAUGAAUAAAUUCCAGCAGGCAAAUAAAUUCAACAAGAAGAGAAAAUUCCAGUCAGACCGUCAAAGUGAUGACUCAGUGGCCAAGAAAUACAAAUGGGAUUAUUUCAGAAAGAAGAAGAAAGAACUGGAGCAGAGCAGGCAACUUAAUGAAACCAACUAUGACAUUGUCGCUCGGUCCAAGCAGAUCUGGGAGAUUUUAAGAAGGAAAGACUGUGACAAAGAAAAAAGAGUAAAGUUGAUGAAUGACUUACAGAAAUUGAUUCAAGGAAAAAUUAAAACUAUUGCAUUUGCACACAAUUCAACACGGGUGACCCAGUGUUACAUUCAACAUGGUGAUGAAGAACAGAGAAAACAGGCCUUCGAAGAACUGCGAAGUGAUUUGGUUGAAUUAAGUAAAGCCAAAUAUUCCAGAAAUAUUGUUAAGAAAUUUCUCAUGUAUGGAAGUAAACCAAGAUUGCAAGAGAUCAUCAGAAGCUUUAAAGGCCACGUGCGGAAGAUGCUGCGACACGCAGAAGCAUCGGCCAUCGUGGAGUACGCCUACAAUGACAAAGCCAUCCUGGAACAGAGGAACAUGCUGACAGAGGAACUCUACGGGAGCACGUUCCAGCUUUACAAGUCAGCAGAUCACCCAACUCUGGACAAGCUGUUAGAGGCAAAGCCUGGAAAAUUAGAGCUCAUUAUGGAUGAGAUGAAGCAGAUUCUAACUCCAAUGGCCCAGAAGGAAGCUGUGAUUAAGCACUCAUUGGUGCAUAAAGUAUUCUUAGACUUCUUUACCUAUGCACCCCCAAAACUCAGAUCAGAACUGAUUGAAGCCAUCCGUGAAGCAGUGAUAUACCUGGCACAUACACACGAUGGCGCUAGAGUGGCCAUGCACUGCCUGUGGCACGGUACGCCCAAGGACAGGAAAGUAAUUGUGAAAACAAUGAAGACUUAAGAAAUCCUUGAAGUUCUGCAGAAAGGGGAUGGAAAGGCGCACAGUAAGAAAGAGACAGAAAUCCGCCGACACGAGCUGUUAGAAUCCACUCCUCCAGCUUUGUUAAGCUACCUGCAAGGACAUGCCCAAGACAUGGUGCUAGAUAAGUCUGCCUGUGUGUUGGUGGCCGACAUUUUGGGAUCUGCCACCGGGGACAUCCAGCCUGCCAUGGACACCAUCGCCAGCUUGGCAGCAGCAGAAGUGCACCCCGGAGGCAGGGACGGAGAGCUUCAUGUUGCAGAACAUCCUGCAGGACAUCCAGUACUGAAGUGGUUAAUAGAACAAGAUAAAAAGAUGAAAGAAAAUGGAAGAGAAGGUUGUUUUUCAAAAACACUUGUAAAGCAUGUGAGUAUGAAGAACCUGAAGUCCUGGAUGAAUAUAAACCAAGGUACCAUUAUUCUUUCUAGCCUUCUCCAGAGUCCUGACCAGGAAGUUGCAAACAAAGUCAAAGCUGAACUGAAAAGCCUGAUUUCCACGUUGGAAAGAAACAAAAAUCCUAGCAAAGGAAUAGAAAUUUUGCUUGAAAAACUGACUGCAUAG